AUGAAGUAUAAAAGCACAGGUGACAGCAGUCAGUCAACAAGCAGAAUCAGCUUCAGCUUCUCCUUUGUGGAACUACUGAGGAUCAGCCAGCGCAACCAUGAAGUCACUAAAAUAUUAAAUUUGAAUUUUCAGGUCACUUUCUUUGAGGACAGGAACUUCCAGGGUCGCUCUUAUGAGAGUAUGGGCGACUGUGGUGACUUCUCCUCCUACAUGAGCCGUUGUCACUCUUGCAGAGUGGAGAGUGGAUGCUGGAUGAUGUAUGAUCAUCCCAACUACAUGGGAAAUCAGUAUUUCUUCAGGAGGGGAGAAUAUGCUGAUUAUAUGUCUAUGUUCGGAAUGAACAACUGCAUCAGGUCCUGCCGUAUGAUCCCCAUGCACAGGGGAUCCUACAGAAUGAAGAUCUACGAGAGGGAGAACUUCAUGGGUCAGAUGCACGAGAUGAUGGACGAUUGUGACAACAUCACGGACCGUUACCGCAUGUCUCACUGCCAGUCCUGCCAUGUGAUGGACGGCCACUGGCUCAUGUAUGAGCAGCCCCACUACAGAGGCAAGAUGUGGUACUUCAGGCCUGGAGAGUACAGGAACUUCAGCAAUAUGGGUGGCAUGAGAUUCAUGAGCAUGAGGCGUAUCAUGGACUCCUGGUAUUAG